CCCCAAGGUACUCCUCGCCCCGGGCUCCUCCCCCACGUGGGGACCGUAAUAGCCCCUGGGCCAAUCUCAGCUCCGGACUGGCUUAGCCUGGUUUUAGCCAAUCGGUGACAGCCUUUCCGUAGUGGUCAUGCUCCACCCCGGGGGGGACCCCGCCAGAAAAUCAGAGGGUCGGAGCGAGGGGGCGGAAUGACGUUUACAACAACCAACCAGCAGCCGGGAAGGGCCAACUGGGGGGGCGGGGAGACACUCGCCUCUGGACCAAUUCGAGUCAGGGAUUCUCCAUCGCUGGGGCUGAACGGCAGCCCCCUCGACCCAAUGGGGCCAGCGGGGCGGCGGGCGACGGCCAAUAGGGCGGGCGCAGGGGCGGAGCGCGAGGCGAAUGUGCCGAGUGUGGUAACGGAGCGAGUGGCAUCGGUGGCGACGAGGGCUCUGGAGCUCGGGCUCCCCUCUUGGUGCUUGAGGACCAAGGCGGCGGGGGCAGUGACGGCGACGACGGCGACGGACUCUUGGCGGGCGGAGAAGCCUCUUCUCGGCCCAGAUUCUUUAAUGAUGAAUGGGUCCAAUGUUGCCAAUACAACACCCAAUGCAAAAUCCAAAGAGGACCAGGUAGUGAAUGGGCGUGAUGAGAAGGAAAACAACCCCUUUGCUGAGUACAUGUGGAUGGAGAACGAAGAGGAUUUCAAUAGACAGGUGGAGGAAGAACUGGAGGAACAAGAAUUCUUGGACCGAUGCUUCCAGGAGAUGCUGGAUGAAGAAGACCAGGACUGGUUCAUUCCCUCUCGAGACUUGCCUCAAGGCAUCGGGCAGCUCCAACAGCAGCUCAACGGACUUGCUGUCAGUGAUGGUCACACUUCAGAAGAUAUCUUGAGCAAAAGUAACCUGAAUCCUGAUGCCAAGGAGUUUAUUCCAGGAGUGAAGUACUGAAUCUUCCCGAAACCUUUCAGGAGGACUUGUGGGGCUCUUUUUCCAGGGACAAGACUGCACAAAGAGGCGGGGGCUGGAGGGGGUGGGGGAUGCUCAGGGGAGGGGAAAGGAAGGGGGGCAAACUCGACCCUGUGAAUCGAGUGGCUCUAACGCAGGCAGUCUUAUCUACAAGCUUCUGCGUGUCUCUUUUGUUCUGCUAGCCUGCAUUUGGACACUUUGGAUUUCUUUUUCCUUUUCCUUUUUUGAACAUAAUGGCUCCUUUUUUUCCUUUUUUUGUUUGUUUUUGUGUGAGAGGAUUGCAGUCUCUCUGUCUUUCCUUUCCCUUCUAUAGAGGAUGUUUGUAUGUGUUAAGCAUCUUUUUCCAGGAUUAGUGUUUAGGGAAUGACCUUCCCAUCCUGCAGCAUACUCAUCAGAUUCAAGGAAAACCUGAAGAACUCCUUUACCAUAUCCACAGAGGAGGGAAAGGGGAGAGUGGGGAGGAGAGGUGGGCUGUGGGCAUUUUUUACCAUGGGGGGAUUUUUUACUAUGCCCUGUUGGAGCUUCCUGCCAACCCCCUUUCCUCUCUACAAAGAACUCCGUCCUCGGAGCACGGACUGAACCACUGGCUCACACUGACUGUUCUGCAGGAAGCAGUCAGUCAUGAAUUCUCCUUUCAAAAGCCAUCAUCACCGUGGUCUCAGGUCCUGUGGUGGAGCUCUUAAGCAUCUGUUUAUUUAUAGUCACUUUCAGGCUCAUUGUUUGGAAAGUAAAAUAACAGUAGUGUCGGUUUGCCAUCUCCUUCUCCAGUGUCCCCUGGCCCCGUCUCCUUCUGCCACUCCUCGGCUCCCUUGGUUUUUAAGAUAGUGUUACCGAAGCAGUGGGGUGGCAGGUGGCACGCUGUGUUUGCAACCAGCAGCACAGGCCCAGGGAAUUCCUGUGCGGGUGAUUUUAACUCAGAAGUUGAACUGCACACUGUGACUUUUAUAAUACUUACCUCUGUUAGCAUUUGGUACUGUCUUCACCUCCGCCAGCUUUCUUCUCCAUAAAGGCUUUACUCACAGGGCCUUUACACAGCAGGGUAGGUGAUGUCCAACGAUAUAUUUCCAGGGCUAGUUCUCACUGUUAAUGGCGGUCCUUCCUUGUGCAGUUUUGCCUACAGGCCCUUGAAGAGGACCGUCAGUGUGAGGGGAGGGGCACACUCCCCUCCCUGUCCGUUAACGUCUGGCAGGGUGUCUCAGGCCCUGCUUGUGAGCCCGUCACGUGUGUUUCCUUGGUUGUCCCUCCUCCUUAUUAAAGGGGGUCUUUGUUACUACUACUCAUGAGAAACUUAACCACACACUAGCUGUGGUGGUCAAGUGAAGAAGCUGGCCAAACUUCCCUUCCCUUGAGACCCAGCACUUGCUCCCACAUUUGGGUGCUUCUGCAGGAGGGCAGCCAGUCAAAGCAGAUGACCACUUUGGCCUAGGUGGGAGCACGUUCGAAUGCCCAAGCUGUUGAUGAGAAGAGCCACUUUUCUAGAAGCCCUUGAUUUCUUGAUGAGCCAGAUUAGGGUCAUUUUUUUAAACUUUGGACUGUUUCUCUUCCCUCCAUAAUUUACUCUGCUGUUUCUUGCCCUGUUUAUUUGGGGAAAACUGUCUCCCCGUCUUGGCUGGGUGAAGGGUACCAGUCCUCCGAGAACAGGUUGCCCAUUCAGAGAAUACAGCAGGGGCUCCUUCCAUUCCUCCCUUUGCUAGAGAUGAUAGCCGCCCACUUUCAGCUGUGGCCAUCAGAUACUCCUGUUAAUGUUCCCAGAUCCCAAAGGGUCAGCGAGCAUGUGAAAUAAGAGCUCUCCCCCUUCUCCAGGCUGCUUCGAGGGGCAGUUGUGAAAGCAUUUGUUCCAUUCUUGCGUCUGUGGUAGUGAGGAAGGGGAUGCUGGCUUUAAGUGACCAUAGUCCAUUUGGAGGGGCUCUGAGAACAAAUCAACCGUCCGGGUGGAAGGGCUUCGUGGGUGACCUAGAGACUGGGGGCAGGGGAGGGGAGGACAGAACAGCUGGAGGAGUCCCCUCCCAGCGUUCAGCCCUUUGGAAGCUGAAGCUCGUAUUUAGAGGCCUGCUUAGAGGGCUCGGACCUAAGUGACUAAUUUCAACUUCAGUAUCUUUUCCUUGGAAAUGGAGCCUGUGUAGUUAUAGAGUCAUAGAUUGGAGCUGAAAGAGACCUUAGAAAGUCAUUGAGUCCAACCUCUCCGUUUUACAAGUGAGGAAAGUGAGGCACAGAGCC